GCGGCCUCGCAUGCGGCGUCCGAAGGGCUUCCCUGCUUCGAUGUCUGUGACCGGCUGCGCGCGGUUGCUUUCUCGGCUCCCUUCGGGCCAGUUCCGUUGCGGAUGCCCUCUGGCUCUCCGGAACCGGGGCGGCGGCGGCGGCGGCCUAAACCGGGCCUCUUCUCUCCCCGCCACUGCGAGAAUCGCCUUCUUCGCUUCCUCCAAUGGCGACGAGGACACGGGCGUCAAAAGCCCCGACACGUCCUUGUUCGUCCCUCUGCAGGUCUCCCCGCAAACCUUCGCCCCGGAGGUCGACGUGGGAGCCGAGCUGACCAGCCCGCUGAAUAAGAAUGAAGUAUUGAAGACAUUAAAUAAAUUUUGCAAGAGGAGAGAAGUUCAGAAACUGGCAGCAGAAAAUGGACUGGAUGCUCGUCUUUUUCAUCAAGUAUUUAUAAGUUUUAGGAAGUACAUUAUAGAGUCUAGUUUUCUGAAUCCUGAUCUGCACAUUAUUCUCAAUGAUAUAUGCUGUGGUGCAGGUCACGUUGAUGAUCUGUUUCCAUUUUUCUUGCAACACUCUAAGCAGAUCUUUCCUAUGCUGGAGUGUAUGGAUGAUCUACGUAAAAUCAGUGAUUUAAGAUUGCCUCCAAACUGGUAUCCGGAAGCCAGGGCCGUUGAAAGAAAGAUUGUGUUUCAUGCUGGCCCUACAAAUAGCGGGAAAACCUAUCAUGCAAUCCAGAGAUAUUUAAAAGCAGAAUCCGGAGUGUAUUGUGGCCCUUUAAAGCUCUUGGCUCACGAAAUCUUCCAAAAGAGUAAUGAUGCUAAUGUACCAUGUGACCUGGUUACGGGAGAAGAACGAGUCUGCAUUGAUCCUGAAGGGAGAGCAGCUGCCCACGUGGCUUGCACUAUUGAGAUGUGCAGCGUUAAUACACCUUAUGACGUGGCUGUGAUUGAUGAAAUUCAGAUGAUCAAAGAUCCUUCUAGAGGCUGGGCCUGGACACGAGCACUCUUGGGACUUUGUGCAAAAGAAAUCCAUGUUUGUGGCGAAGAGGCUGCUAUUAACUUAGUGAUGGAGCUCAUGUAUACGACAGGGGAAGAGGUUGAGGUGAAAAGGUACAAAAGGCUUACUCCCAUCAAGGUUCUGAGUAAGGCUCUUGAAUCCCUGGAUAACCUUCGCCCUGGAGACUGCAUUGUUUGUUUCAAUAAGAAUGACAUUUAUUCAGUGAGUCGGCAAAUUGAAUUCCGGGGCUUGGAAUGUGCAGUCAUAUAUGGAAGUCUUCCACCUGGAACAAAACUUACCCAGGCAAAGAAGUUCAAUGAUCCGGAUGAUCCAUGUAAAAUCAUGGUUGCCACAGAUGCAAUUGGGAUGGGUCUCAAUUUGAGCAUAAAAAGGAUCAUUUUCAACUCCCUAAUAAAACCACAAAUCAAUGAAAAAGGAGAAAAGGAAAUAAAUAAAAUUACCACUUCCCAGGCACUACAAAUUUCAGGCCGAGCUGGCCGAUUUAGUUCUGCAUUUAAAGAAGGGGAAGUUACUACGAUGUAUGCAGAUGACCUCAUUCUGCUAAAGAAGAUUUUGAGUGAGCCCGUGGAUCCUAUAGAGGCUGCUGGCUUGCACCCCACAGCUGAGCAGAUUGAGAUGUUUGCAUACCACCUUCCAGGAGCCACUCUGUCAAAUCUCAUUGAUAUUUUUGUGAGCCUCUCUCAAGUUGAUGGACUCUACUUUGUCUGCAAUAUUGAUAACUUCAAAUUUUUAGCCAAAAUGAUUCAACACAUUCCACUCCAUUUGAGAGCAAGAUAUGUAUUUUGCACAGCUCCCAUUAAUCAAAAGGAGCCUUUUGUGUGCACCUCGCUCUUAAAGUUUGCACGGCAGUUCAGCAGGAACGAACCUGUGAUGUUUGAUUGGCUCUGCCGACAUAUUAACUGGCCCCUGGUCCCACCCAAGAACAUCAAGGACCUUGUCCAUCUAGAAGCCGUUCAUGAUGUUCUUGAUCUAUAUCUCUGGCUGAGUUACCGGUUUAUGGACAUGUUCCCAGAUGCUGGACACGUGAGGGCGAUUCAGAAGAAACUGGAUGACAUCAUACAAAUCGGAGUGUUGAAUAUUACGAGACUGAUUCAAGCUUCCCAAGUCACUUCUGAGGCAAUGGGUAUUCCUGUUGAGAGCCUCAGAACUGACGACAGGCUCCCGCAUGGAGAAAUGACAGAGAUUUCCACAAACAAAGAGAUGGCCCCCGGCCCCCGCAAAGCAAGAGGACCUAAAGCCAGGAGCUUACAGUCUGCGGACGCGCACUUGGGCACCCUGGGCCAGAUGAAGGGUCCUCUGACUGAAAGACUAAUACAACAGGGGCUCCUCAGCAAGGAAGUGCUGAAGCAGUUGGAGAAGGAAUGGCUCGCUCAGCAGGAUGCUCAUCCUGAAGUUAAUGAAAACAGGAGCUCAACCAAACACAAAGAAAAAAAGAAAUGAAGUGACGCCUUUGCUUAAAUAAAAAAAAGUAGUUUUUUAAGUAUUUGUGUUCUGAUCUUACACAGAAUUUUUAAAAAUGUCACUACAAACGGGGAGAUCUGUGAGUUUUGGGCAUCUUCAUAAAUGCAACUUCACCAGAAGCCAACAAAACUGCAAGGGAUUUUCAUCUUAAAUUGAAAUGAGAGAUCAGAGAGCACGACUAUAAUAAGGAGAAAAGGAGAAGUUAGGUCUCAAACCACUGAGGGAUUGCAAUGUGGGCAUAAUACAGGUAGUCCUCAACUUACGACCACAGUUGAGCCCAAAAUGUAUGUUGCUAAGUGAGAAACUUGUUAAGUGAAUUUUGGCCCUCUUUAUGGUUCAUCUUACCACAUUUGUUAAGUGAAUCAUUGCAAAGCUAGCUGAGGAACUCUGGGAGUUGAAAUCCACAAGUCUUAAAGUCUUAAAGGUUGGAGACUCCUGAUGUAAACUCCAGCUAGGAAAUUCUGUCAAAAGAGCCUAAAUAUUGCUUUAACAUUGACUGGUUAGCACUGAGUCAUGUUUGGGCUUGUUCCAUAACAAUGGAGCUUAGCUCAUUAUUGCUUCCUCAGAAUACAUAGUUCAGCAGAUAAAAAGCAUUUUAAAUGCUAAUAUAUAACUUGACCAGAAAUCAGAUUAGUAGACUGGCCACUUGGUUGAUACCUACUUUGGCAGAGAAAUCGGCAUUUUUAAAGUCUUCCACAUGAACAAUUAUAUUUGGGGGUGGAGGGAAAUACUUUUGAGGGGGAAAUCAUAAUUAUACCUAAUAAAGUCCUCUGCCUUUUAAAAACA